AUGAAGUUCCGAAUUGAGCGAGCGAGAGGCUUUCUCAAAGAGAAGCCGGCUCAAUGGGAUGUAGCUCGGAACCUGCGACCGGCCGUUGCCUUGAUUGUUCCUGCGAUGCUGGAAUACCUCGAAGGAGAGGGUAUCUUCUUUGAAUUUCCUGGGUCCAAACGUCUCAUGGAUCUGAACCAAAAGAAGUUGCAAAAAUUUCCAUCCUACCUCUACCAUUUCAAGAAGCAGACCACAUUCACUUUCGUUCUAGAAGCGUUUAUUGGUAAAGGAGACUUUGCCCUGAUGAGAGAGGUAUUAGUAGGGGGUAGCAUGGGAGGAAUCCCAUCAUCUACUGCAGUUUUUCUUAUGGGCUCAUCUAUCUGGGUGGAUGAAGUUGAGGAUUAUCCCAGGAGGAUUACCAUCUUGACAACGGGAGAUACGUUCAGAGGACUUCGUUAUUUUUCUCCAAUCACAGGGUUUGACAUUUUAUGGAUUAGUUUUGCAUCGUGUGUCAACAAGACUCAAGAACAAGCUAACGGUCUAUCUGACAGAUUAGCUUUACGCUUCUUAACAGUGGAUUCGAUGUUGAAACUCUGCCAGAACUUGUCGGUGUCUUGGUCAUAAUUGAGGACUAUUAUGAGGUUUCUGGCGGACUCGCUGGUUCAUUGUGUAAGUCUGAUUUUCCGCAAAAGCAAAGAACGUAGCUCCCCUUAUGGCAAAAUUACAUGUCAUGGACGCAGAUAGUACUGCUAGGAGUAUAUCUAUCCGAAACAUGCUUGGGAAGCCCACCGAUCCUGACACAUUGACGAAAGCAUUCAUGGGCCCCGAGAAUUUCUGUACUUAUGAGGUGGAACUGAUCUGCAGCCUAUCGACUAAUUGCAAUGUUUUGACUGCUCUUCUGCUCUGUCCCAACCCAGAGGAUUAUGCUCUUCAAAUCGAGAAGUUUCUGCUAUAUAUGCGAUGUAUGGCUCAAUUUUGGGUGGUCGCUUUCUGA